GAAUUGAAGGAAAAGAUGGAUGAUCUUCUACCACUGAUACCAGUUCUGGAGCAGUACAAAACGGAUGCCAAGUUAAUCACCCAGUUCAAAGAGGAGAUCAGAAACCUGUCUUCGGUACUUACUGGAAUCCAAGAGGAAAUUGGCGCUUACGAUUAUGAGGAGCUACAUCAGCGAGUCCUCAGUUUGGAAACCAGGCUUCGGGAUUGCAUGAAAAAACUAACCUGCGGCAAAUUGAUGAAAAUCACUGGUCCCAUUACAGUCAAGACAUCUGGAACCCGAUUUGGAGCUUGGAUGACAGACCCAUUAGCAUCCGAGAAAAACAACAGAGUCUGGUAUAUGGACAGUUACACCAACAACAAAAUUGUCCGCGAAUACAAAUCCAUAGCAGAUUUUGUCAGCGGCGCAGAGUCCAGGACAUACAAUCUCCCUUUCAAAUGGGCAGGAACCAAUCAUGUUGUCUACAACGGGUCUCUCUAUUUCAACAAGUAUCAGAGCAACAUCAUCAUCAAGUAUAGCUUUGAUACGGGGCAGGUGCUUGCUCAGCGCAGCCUGGAGUACGCUGGCUUUCACAACGUCUACCCUUACACCUGGGGUGGCUUCUCGGAUAUCGAUCUGAUGGCCGACGAGAUAGGUCUGUGGGCUGUCUACGCAACCAAUCAGAACGCCGGCAACAUUGUCAUCAGUCAGCUGAACCAGGAUACCUUAGAAGUGAUGAAAACCUGGAGCACCGGGUACCCCAAGCGAAGCGCCGGGGAGUCGUUCAUGAUCUGUGGCACCUUGUACGUCACCAAUUCCCACUUAACCGGAGCCAAGGUCUACUAUUCGUACUCGACAAAAACCUCCACGUAUGAAUAUACAGACAUACCUUUUCACAAUCAGUAUUUCCAUAUAUCAAUGCUUGACUACAAUUCCAGAGAUAGAGCUCUCUAUGCCUGGAAUAAUGGGCACCAAGUCCUAUUCAACGUCACUCUUUUCCACAUUAUUAAAACAGAAGAUGACACAUAGGUGUCAACAUGACCACCAAGAAAGAGUAUCAUUGUGCCGAACUCAAAAGCAUCCUGCUGGGUUUAUUUUCAAUUCUUUUUUCUUUCUUUCUUUCUCAGUAAAAAUGAAUGGAGGAGGAUUUUUCUACAAUGUAAUGUAUUCCGAAUAUGGCAAAGUCUUUCUUUUAAAAAAAUGACCUAGUUCAUCCUACAGGUAUCUUUCUAAACAGUAUACAAAGCCUGCUGUGACUUUGUCAUGGGAAGUAUUAAAUGCUUAUUUCAGUGGGAAAGACAUUGUUUUAAGAAACACGAACAAAAUUAAUGAUCUGCCUUAUAUUAGAAUCAGAGACUUAACGGUGGUGUAAAACUGCAUGAAUGUCUUUUUCUACCAUCAUCAUUUUUUAAAAAAUAAAUAAAUAAAUUGCUCAACGUUAAAGUAUAUUUGGGCAAUCAUCUAAGGGAAAAUUGAGAAGAAUUCUUUGGGGCAAAGGUGUGCAUUUUUAAAAGCAGUGUUCCAAAAUUAACCUGUUAUGGAUUGGGUUACUUUAAAGGUAGAAAGAGUAAAAAUCCCAUUGGCUAUUACACAAUUUCAGAUGCGGUGCUGUACAGUCUGUUUUUAAUCUCUUGCAAGCAGUUUCUCAAUGAUCUGUAUUUAUACCAUUGUGUCUGCCACUGUGUACCUGUAUCUCUUCACUUCUGUGAAAGUUAAUUAUUUUUUAUAAAAUACAAUUGAAAUUUAAUCAUAAAACCUGAUUAUGGCCCGUUCUUUUAAUCAUGUAAAUUAGAGAAUUCAGUCUUCACUUUCAGAAUCAAAAACUGGGAUUGUGCCCUGUGCCAAGUGUG